AUGAAAUUAUUUACUUUAUCUUUAGCGUUACCUUUGCUUUCCGUCGUCGCUGCAGCUCCUUCGCCUUUGGACGGGCGUAGUGAUCAUCCAAUUGGUGAAGCUCUGGAGGACUUUGGACACGACGUCGGUGAUGCGAUCACAGAUAUCGGUAACACUGUUGUCGCUAUCGGUGACACAAUCUUCCACGAAGACGAUAGCAAUGACGACAAGAUCUCAAAAACAUACAAUUGGGCCAACGAAAAUAUCGGAAAUGGCAUCGGAACUCUGUUCGCCGGUUUAGUUGACAUGUCCGAAGGUAUUGCGCUGAAUGAUACGAGCGAGGAGAGAGCAGAUUCCGUCCGUUCCAAGUACGCAGACGCGAAUGAAAAUCUCGGAGAAGGCUUGACCAACUUCCUCAAUGCCACACAAUUGUUCGCCGAGGAUAUCAACAAUAAAACCCUCGACUUGGAUAUAUUCCCACCACAAGUCAAGCAGUACAUUCAAGAUUAUAACAACGCUACCGGUAGUGCCGCUGGGGACUUGCUCAACACUUUUGCUCUUAGCGUUGAGCACGAAAUUUACGACGAGAACGGCCCAAGCACUGAAGAGGUUAAAUCAUCAUUCAAGAAGACUGUUUCAGAGCUUGGCGACAGAGCGACUGCAGUUCACAAGAUCCUCAAAUCAGCUUGGAAUGAUUUCUUCAACCAGUGA